ACUUUUUUUUGGUUAAUACAAAGGAGCUCAAAGAGCUGUUUGGCUAUGUGAUGGAACCCCAAAGCAAAAAUCCCCAAAACCCUAAGAUUUCACUAUUUCUUCUUCUCCCUUACAACUUCCGGCAACCUGCGAUUUUCGGUGGUUACUAAGAUUUCUAACUCUUUUAAGUUUCUUUAUGCUCCACAGUGCUCUCACCUUUGUGCAUUUUGGUGCUCUUCUAAUUGAAUCAGCCACCAUGACUCAAGCACCUAGUAAAAGAGCUGCUGUUGAAGUGGAAAGAGAAGAUAUAAUCACUGCCCUGCCAAGAAACGUUGUCGAUCGUAUCCUUGAGCUCUUGCCGGUUCACGAUGCAGCAAGAACUUGUGUUUUAUCCAAAAAAUGGAGAGAUAUUUGGGUCUCGCUUCCGCAUCUGGUAUUGGAUAACUUGUUUUGCAAAAAGUUAAUUGCAAAAUGUCAAUUCUUUUACAGCCAAACAAACUCUGAAUCUGUUUUGAGGGAAACAGUGGAUGAGAUUCUCUUACAGCAUAUUGGAGACAUUGUGAAGUUUGUUCUUGAUAUUUCAGCAGUACAUUUGUCUUCAUAUGACGUUAUUAAUAGAUGGAUGCGUUAUGUCACCAGAAAUGGUGUCAAGGAGCUAACCCUUAAAAUGUCAGAUAAUACAACUUAUUUAAUAACUUAUAAACUGCCUUUUUUUGUAUUUGAUUGUCCGACCUUGACACAUUUGGAGCUCUCCAACUGUGACUUCAAACCACCAAAUCCAUUUCUUGGCUUUCAAAAUGUUAGAACCCUCAAUCUGGAAGAAAUAACUUUUGUGCCAACCACAAAGUUCUGCGUUAUCAAUGCUCCUCUUCUGGUCGGUUUAACCUUGAAGUUAUGUCAUCGCACUCAAUGCUUGAAGAUUGUUUCACCACAGUUGGAGUCCUUGGUUGUUCGUGGAUGUCACUAUCUCGUGCUAAAUUGCUUUAUGAAUUGCAAAAAGUUGGGCGUGUUAGGGAUUGAAUUGGAAAAAGUGGUUGAUAUUCCGAAGCAUGAUGAAAUAUCAACUUUGGAAAAGCUUCUUUUUAACGUUCCUUUGCUUGAACAACUUUAUUUGGGUCCUUAUGUCCUUGAGCUUUUGAGUGCAAACAUUAUUCCGGAUGGGCUUCCUUCCAAGCUCAAUUGCUUGUGGCAUCUAGAUUUAGGUGUUGACUUUGGCAAGGUGGAUCACACUUCUUACGCCCUACAGUUAAUCAAGAGUUCUCCUAAUUUGAGUAAACUUCAGAUUCGGGUCAAGGGUAGCGACAACAAUGCUGAAACAGUUAUGAAAUAUCUGGAGACACCAACCUGCUUGGACCAACCACUCAACAAGCUCGAGCAUGUGACCAUCGGUUCUUUUGAGUGUUCAAAAACUGAACUGCUUUUUGUAAAGCUAUUGUGUGCUCGCACUCCAUCUCUGGUAAGGAUGUGCAUUGAGCAAGGGAUAGCCAUUGAUCCCAAGGAAGAAAGGAAUGUCACCAUACAAUUGAUUCGUUUCCCCAGAGCUUCUACAAAGGCAGAGCUGUUCUAUUUCCCAUUUGAGGCUACGAAUGCAAACUGAUGCCUCUGAAUUUUGUUAAACAAGGGAUCGAAUUGACCAAUUUGGUAAAACUUGUGGUUUUCCUUUAAAGAUCAUCACUUGGAUGUUUCAAAAGUUGAGUCUGUAUUGAUGUGUGUUAUUAGAUUAGCAGUCCCUUUGCUAAUGUAUUUCAUAUUAAUACAUGCAUAUUUAACUACCUGUUUGUAACCAGGGAAGGAAUUUGACAGGAAGACAGAAUGAAAAUGUUUCCCGUUUGUUGUUUGGUUCGAAA